CCGAAUACGCCCAAGAUUGACAGCAGCCCGGCUUCCGGCUCAUUCCGCUGUGCGCAGAAGUUGCUGGUCACAGGAGCCACAAUGGCGUUUGUAGUCUCCUUCAGAUAGGGCUGUGGAUGAUAUUAAAUCCACCAGCAUCGCCCUAAAUACAGGCCUGGUUGACUUCCAGAGCCAUUGAUAAUAAACUGGAACAUCUACUGCACACGAAAAUACUAUGAUUUCUAAGCAACAUUGAAUUUAUAGGGGAUAAAACUUACAUUAAAGGGAACAUGUAAACAGUACCAACCGGGUCAAGUUUUCAUUUUGUUCCGAGAAACGAGCGUCUUCUAAUGAAGGCUUGUUUCUGAAAGCGAACAGCGUAAUUCUGUGGAAUAAAAACACGUUUACUUAACUUGGCACCGGACAAGGACAGCUUUCACAAAGGGACUUUUUUCUUUUUUACCCGUCAGCUCGCUAGCUGCCGAGCGUUAGCUAGCCGGGCUAGCUAAACUGAGACGGACACGGCCGCACAAUGCUGCGAUAUUUGGAUCUUUUUUUCAUUCAGUGACUAAAACAAAGUUCGCAGCUCCGGAGAACCGCUGUGGGGCUUUUCUGCGUGGAAUGAGGCGGCGCUGAGGGGGACUGGACGUGAGCGGCCUGCUGUGUUUAUUUUGCCCUGUUUCUGCUUUGUAACACUUGUUUUUGGCAUUUGGAGUCGCUACUGUUCUCCUGUGAAUGAACCGCCGAGGCCCGGUCGCAGCGGAGGCACCGUGAGGGAUGCCUGGGUCGGACCGACACCAUGGGACCAAGAGGAAGCCGGACUUUAGCAUCGGCGGUACGCCACACCAGAGCCAGACCCCGGGCCCGACUCACAGCUCCGCGGGAGACAUGACGAGCAAAGAGGUGCAGUUAAAAUCUUCAAUGUCUUCUUCUUCUUCGAAACGUAAACGGCAUAAAUCUGCUAAACAUAAUCGGGAAUCCUCGGCGGCACCGGGACCCGAAGAUUUUACCCUCGGCGACACGGCGCCGCCUGGUGUCAACGCCGUGAAGCCUCUGGUGGAGUACGAUGAUAUCAGCUCCGACUCGGACACGUUCUCGGACCCGCCGUCCUCCAGGCCUUCCGAGAGAGGGGGCGUGGACCGGCUGGAGCUCUCACCGGACUACGACAGGGACGAUAUUGGCAGAGAAGUCGGCAGCAGGGGGCACAGACACUCCCGGAAGAAGUCCAAGGAUCCCAAUAAAGUUAGAGACUCCGGGAACGGGGAACGGGGCUACAAGAAGCGGGGCAGCAAGGACCAGGAGAAGGGGGCUACUGGGAAGAGCAAGGACCGGGCGGCGCUGUCGGGCUCCUCGUCCAAGCGCCAGGUGCAGCCGGAGGGCGACUCCAAACGUGGGGAGCUGAUGCUCACCUCCCAGGUGCAGCCUGCAGCCAGCGUGGGCAGCACCACCUCAUCCACAUCCUCAUCCCGCAGCAAGGAGAGCAGCCGCUCAGGGAAGUCCCGCAAAGACCGGCAGCAGCGCAGAGAGGGCCGGGGGGAGGGCAACCGCAGCUCCUCCCAGAGGAGCAGGGCGGACAGGGGCCACCGCAAGUCCUCCAAGAGUCACAAGUCGAGCCCUAAGGGCAAGUCUUCAGGUAGGGGCAGCCCUCGACGGAAGGGCUCUGCUCUGUCGCCAAGUCCCAGAAGAGGGGCCGGCAGUGAGAGUCCACUGGGUGGUGGGUAUGGGCAGCAGGGGGAUGACGGCUACUCCAGGCGGAGGACGGCCCAGCAGAGCCCCAGUCCCUACGGGGACAUGUCCCGCCGCAGCAGGCAGAGGUCAGAGAGCCCCUACGGCAGCAGACACCGGUCCUCCAGCUUUGAGAGGGACAGCAGCCCCUACUCCAGGAGACGCUCCAUCAGCCCCUACGGUACCCGCAGGUCCUCCAGCACCAGCCCCAUGUCUCGCCGCUCCGGCCGCUCCAGGAGUCGCUCCCCGCUGCCCUACUCUUCCUCCCGCCGCUCGUCUUCUCGUUCCCGCAGUAAGAGACACACUUCUUCUGGUGUAGCCGGCGGCAGCAGCCACAGCAGCCGACCAGCCAGCCGCUCGCCUCCCUCCUCCCGCCUGCCGUUAAACUCCAGCCUUGGAGCCGAGCUGAGCCGCAGGAAAAAGGAACGCCAGGCUGCCGAGGCGGCGGCGCGGGCCAGCGGUGGCGGUGCGUCGCCUCCACCGGCGACUCGCAAACCCACCGGCGCUGCGUCAUCAUUGCGGCCGGCUAAAGCUGAGGCUCCACAGUCGGACAGAGACUCGACAGCAGAACCUCAGCCGCCGCCAUCGUUACCCCAGGACGCUGCCGGGGCUGAAGAUCAGGUCACUCCAGCUCCACCUUCCUCCUCCACCGCCUCUCCUGCACCUCCUCCACCUCAGCCAUCUCCUCCUGUGGCGCCCAGUCCAGCCACCCAGGCUCCUCCACCACCUCCACCUCCACCGCCUCAGGCAGAAAUACAUAUUCAGCCUCCCACGGCCCCCAACGCAUCCCAGCCCAAAUCGCCAGCUUCGGUUCCUGCUCACAGCCCCGUCCGACAGACGCAGAUGCACAAGACGUCGACUCUGCCUCCUCUGCCUUUACCACCUGUACUGCUGGGAAACGCUCAGGACAGUCCAAAGAAGUCCACCCCUCCUCAGAGGCUAUCGAGAAAGGAAAAAGAGGUCCGCAGUCGGCCUUCUCUCAGCGACCUUCCUUUACCGCCCACCCUGCCUGGAGGCGACUCCUCACCCCCGCAGUCCCCCAUCCGCCAGCCGCCUCCGUUACCCCAAACAGCCCUAAAGAAGAGACCAAAGAUUUGUUGCCCGCGAUACGGUGAGCGCAAACAUACCCAGAGUGACUGGGGCAAACGCUGUGUAGAUAAAUUUGAUAUAAUCGGCAUCAUUGGGGAAGGAACCUAUGGCCAGGUGUAUAAGGCCAAGGACAAAGACACUGGUGAACUUGUGGCUUUGAAGAAAGUGCGUUUGGACAAUGAGAAGGAGGGGUUUCCCAUCACGGCCAUCCGAGAGAUCAAGAUCUUGCGGCAGCUCAAACACCGCAGCGUUGUCAACAUGAAGGAAAUCGUCACCGACAAGCAGGAUGCUCUCGACUUCAAAAAGGAUAAAGGUGCUUUUUACCUGGUGUUUGAGUACAUGGACCACGACCUGAUGGGCCUGCUGGAGUCGGGCCUGGUCCAGUUCUCCCACGAACACAUCCGCAGCUUCAUGCGCCAGCUGAUGGAGGGUCUGGACUACUGCCAUAAGAACAACUUCCUGCACAGAGACAUCAAAUGCUCCAACAUACUGCUCAACAACAGAGGUCAAAUCAAACUGGCUGACUUCGGCUUGGCUCGUCUUUACAACUCUGAUGAAAGUCGUCCUUACACUAAUAAAGUAAUCACACUAUGGUACCGGCCUCCUGAGCUUCUGCUGGGAGAGGAGAGGUAUUCUCCAGCCAUCGAUGUUUGGAGCUGUGGGUGUAUUCUUGGAGAGCUCUUCACCAAGAAGCCCAUCUUCCAGGCCAACCAGGAACUCCUACAGCUGGAGCUCAUCAGCCGUCUGUGUGGGAGUCCCUGUCCUGCAGUCUGGCCCGACGUCAUCAAACUCCCCCUCUUCAACACCAUGAAGCCCAAGAAGCAGUACAGACGGCGACUGCGGGAAGAGUUUGCCUUUUUACCGACUCCUGCCCUGGACCUGCUGGACCGAAUGUUGACCCUCGACCCCGCACGCCGCUGCACAUCGGAACAAGCUCUGUUCAGCGACUUCCUGUGUGACGUGGAGCCCAGCAAGAUGCCGCCACCAGAUCUUCCUCACCACCAGGACUGCCACGAGUUGUGGAGUAAGAAGCGGAGGCGUGCACGUCAGAGCGGGCUGCCUGAGGAUGUGCCUGUGCCCAAAGUGCCCCGAAAAGAUACGACCGGAACCUCCAGCGGAGAGAACAGUCGACCCCAAAGCAGCCCGACCGGAGCCCCGCCGCCUCCCCCAGGAAAGCCGCCCUCCACAGCCAACUUAGAGAGUGAGUUGUCAGGUUUGGGAGCGGCCGCCGAGCAGCUGAACCAGACAGAGCUGGCGGUUCUUCUGAACCUCCUCCAGGGCCAGACGGACCUCAGCAUGCCCCAGGUGGCCCAGCUCCUCAACCUCUCCAACCCAGAGACUCUCAGCCAGCUGCUGACGGCUCUCAACGAGGCCUCCGACCACCAGGGGGCGUCAGAGGACCAAGCCCAGCCCGCCGCCGCCAGCAGGCCUCAGCCCCCGGAGCCGCCUCCCGAGCCCCAGGAGCUCUCGCCCGCGUCCGGAGAGCCGCCGCUCAGCCAGGAAGACCAGGCCAACCUGCUGGCUCUCAUUCUGGGCCACAUCAUGAAGCCGCAAACCGAGGAGCAAGACGAUGAAAGCAAUGGCGUUCAAUCAGAGGAGGCACUAACGCGCGGUUCGUCCGCUUCUACUACUGAUUGCAAGGGCAAGUCUGGGUUUAGUCUUUAGGGGGCAAAAAUCCGAUCGCACCAAGGUCAGUUUGAAACCAUAGGAAUGUGGAGAGCAGGGAAGGGAACAAGAAGCUGGAUGAAGAUUCCUAUAUACGCUAUCAAGUGAAUUAUAUUUUAGAAAACCUAAUGAGUUCUGCAAAAAUGACCAGUUAUCCAAAUAAAUUAGAUCUGUCCCUUCUUUUAUUCCUGAAACACCGGUGACGCGCUCUCCCAUCUUGCCCUGUUAGCACCUCUAGUAUACAAAAACAGCAGAAGGAAGAAUGUCUCCAGAGCUUAACCAGGUAAAGGCUGGUGCACACGGACAUCGCUGGUGUACACAAUAAACCAGAAGAGAGCAUAGUGUUAUUCAUUUUAGUAAAAAAAAAAGAAAUACGGAAGGUUCACACUGUAUUGUUCCCACGUUUCUCCCUCUUCCUCGUUUCUUCCUCACGGUCUUUGUUUCUGUCCCAUUUUUCCACAUGUGUUUUUUCUUCCUCACUUCAUUCUCAUUUCUAAAGCAGGUGUCAUGGAUUCUUCAGAGAGCUUUGUUGCUUUAAACGGUCUGUAAUGUCAGCCUUUUUAUGAAGAAAAGUCUAAUAAAUUAUCACGUGAAAAUAAAUGUUUUGAAUCUUUAGAUCUCACCUGCAUGUGUUUCUUUUAACUUUUGGUUUGUCACACAUUUUUUGUUUUUGUUUUUUUUGGUUUUUUUUGUUCACUCUGGGUCACGUAUUAGUUUAAAAUGUGAGUAGAAAGUUGAAUAAAACUGUUGACUGUGCUGCUGA